AUGUUGCCAAGCAGCACAAUUCAACCAAAAGCUGCGGUCCAUUUCGCCGUCUUUGAAAAACUGAUGAGCUUGAAGCUACAUGGAAGCAUUUCAAAUUAUGCAUUCGUGAAGACGCAGAAUGUUGAUAAUCUCUUGUUGAGUAACUAUGGUGAAAACGACUUUAAAAUUUUGAAUAACGGCUUGUUCAACACACUACAACUAAUAUAUCGAAAUUUGAAGAGCCAUGCCUUGGAUGAUUUACGACUGGUCAACCACUCUUUGUACUGUCAUGCGUGUUUUGAUGGCGAUACCGUUGGAGUUGUAAUGGAUGGCAACUUCCAAUUAAAAAGAAAGAUGAACAAGCGAAACCGAGAUGAUGUAGAUCUCUAUCCUAGUAUCUUUUCAACAAGCUACGACAUUGCACAGUUGUGGGAAGUCGAAGGUGAAGUUGAAAAGUUUGCUAAUGAAAAAGAUGAUGCGAAAGAAGAGCUGUGUGGUCUUGAAGAACUAGACAACAUCAACAACCCUACGUUCAAAGCUGGCUCAAAGAAAAAUCGAAAGGUGAGUAACCGUUUUGACGAAGAAGGAGUUUUUUCUAUGAACUGUGCGAGACAUGGCGUACCUAUUCGAUUAUACGAUAUUUAUAAUGGCGAAGGGCGUAAGUACGCACUUGCGGCUAUCAGUCAUCAUAUGAGUUUAUUGGGUAACUCUCAAAAACUAUUAAUUAUGUAUGACAUUAUUUGUCUGUGUAAGGGCAAAUUAGAGUCGUGUAUACCAGGGCUAAAGGAGAGGGCUCCUUUAUAUCUCGUGACAGUGUUCCACGCCUAUGCUCAUAGCAUGCACUGUUAA